AUGUGGCUCGACUACAGCCUGCAGUGGAAUGCCUCUGACUUCGGGAACAUCCGCGUCAUCCGCCUGCCUGCCGAGAAGCUGUGGAAACCGGACAUCAUCCUUUAUAACAACGCUGACAGCCAGUACAACACCGCCAUCCUCAGCACCAACAUCAUCGUGACCUCGGACGGGAACGUGACCUGGCUCUCGUCGGCGAUCUUCAAGUCGUCCUGCUCGAUCAACGUCGAAUUCUUCCCGUUCGACGAGCAGAAGUGCGUCAUGAAGUUCGCCUCGUGGACGUACGACGGAUUCCAGGUGAACUUGGUGAUCCAGACGGAGGAGGGCGACCUGAGCAACUACGUGACCAACGGCGAGUGGGACUUGAUAGACAUGAUCGUGGAGCGGAAUGUGGUCUACUACUCCUGCUGCGAGGAGCCCUACCCGGACAUCACGUACCAUAUCAUCCUGAGACGCCGCCCGCUAUUCUACGUGUUCAACCUGAUCCUGCCAUGCGUGCUCAUCACCGGCAUCGCCCUCAUGAGCUUCUACAUGCCAAGCGACUCCGGCGAGAAGGUCACGCUGGGCAUCACGACGCUGCUGUCCAUGACUGUGUUCCUCAUGGUGAUUGGCGAAUCCAUGCCACCCACGUCGGAGAAGCUGCCGCUGAUUGGUCUGUACUACGGGGUCACCAUCUCCCUGGUCAGCUUCGCCACGGGGCUCUCGGUCGUCACGCUCAACAUCCACCACCGGGGAAUGCGGGGGCGGGAGGUGCCGGCGUUCGUCAAGAAGGUCGUGUUCAGCUACAUGGCCAAGAUGAUGUGCAUCCGCCUGGACAUCCCCGACCCCAUGGGAGGCCAGGGGCACAAGUUCGCCUCCAACCUCAAUCAUCAUAGCGAGGGCGUGUUCCGCGAGGGCGCCGGCCAGCUGGAGAUGAGCGAGAGGCUGCUCGACCCCGAAGUCAAGUGCGAGAACGGCGGCAUCCCCCCCACCAGAGUGACCGGCGGUCUGCACGGCCAGCACGCCUGCCCCUCGACCCACCCCUGCCUGGACACUUUCGAGCGGCACUUCCUCCGCGUGCUGAACAAAGUGUACCAGACCAUCGAGAAGAACGAAAUACGACUGGCCGAGCAGGACCGGCGAGACACCAUCAAGCUCGAGUGGCAACAGGUGGCGCUCGUCGUGGACAGGUUUCUCCUCUGGAUUUUCAUUAUAGCUACCAUAAGCACCACUUUCGGAAUCAUGUACAUGUCCCCUCACACCAAGCUCUUUACCAUGUGAGGAGACGGCAAGCGGCUGCCUCUCGGAGGGAAAAGAAAGAGGGAAGGAAGAGGAACAG